AUGCAUAAUGGAAAGUCUAUUAUUGAUGAUUGGAAUAUGCUUAGUACUCGAUUUGAAAAUAAGUUAAACAAAACAGAGCAUGACAUAUUCUCAGAUGCUAUGUUUAUCUUAUUAAUAUGGUCUAAGAUUAACUUAACAAAUAUAGAUAGGCUCAGAUUUUUAAAUCUUCCUGUUAUCAAGAUUCUUACAAGUCACACUAGUAGUCCUGGAGCUAAAAAAGCCAACUCAGAUAUAGCAAAAGGUCUUGAAGCAGAGCUGUUAUUAGUGAAAGGAAUUAUACAAGAUAUUUUAUUUGAAGAAGAUCAAGAACCACUUUUGCUUUCUAUAGCAGUCCUUAUUACUUUUAAGAAUUAUAAUGGGCCUACUUUAAGUAUCUUAGAAGGCAUAAAAGUUCCUAUUCAUUUAGCUUGGGCUAUUAAAGUUUAUAAAAGUCAAGGAUUGAUGUUAUCAAAAGCUAUAAUAGAUCUAGAAAACAAAGAAUUUACAGCCAAACUUUUGUUUAUAGCGAUUUCUAGAGUUUAUGCCCUUAUUGAUAUUAUAUUUUGA